UGAGAGGGAGACUCAGACUGGAUGCCAGGACAUUGCCUGAGACUCACUGGCAAUUUUUCAUGGGGUAGAAAUGACAACUGUAUCACACAGGCAAGAAAUCCAGCAAGGACUUGACAGAUGAAGUGUGAGUAGAAUCGGAGUUGCUUUCCUGCUGGACGAGUUUUACACUUUGGGAUACACUUCUCAAUCUGAUUGUGCAAAGAUAUAAAAAUGGAGACUCAAGCAUUCUGUCUUAAACUAAACUUGGCUCCUAUUACCUAGCCACGGAAGUCAUGAAAUUUUCCUUCUAAGAGAUUGCAGGUAUGAUGUGUGUAUGUACUAAGAACAAUAGCUUGUUCCUGCUUUUCUCCCCAGAAUCCAAGUCGGCAUAUAUGGAAUCUAUUCCUUGAUCGAUUUGUCUGACCAAUAUUAUUAAGCUCCUACUGUCUUAGACAUGACAAUGUACAUGAUGAUCAAGGGAGUGAAGACUCUUGAACUUAUGAGGAAGCAGGGGCAUAUUCAUGGGGGGACAGCUCCUGCCUGCCUUCCUGAAAAAAGGGGAAACCUAGAGUGUUCUACUUUAUUUCCCCCCGAGAGUACCAUAUGCCUAUGGUACAACAUAAGAAUGGAGUAUGACAAAAAGAAACAGAAGAGAAUGUUUUGGGAUCUGCUUGUGACUUUUUACACAUAGGAACUACAGGGUCAGUAUGAUACGCUCACUUGCCAGUUCUUACUCAUGUCAUCCGCAUAGCCUUGACUUUUGGAGCUUGACGCUAUUAUCAUCCCCACUUUACAGAUGAAGAAACGGAGACACAGGAGUUUAAGGAAACUGUCAUUGUCACCCAGCUAACAAAUAGCAGCACCAUGACUCCCAACCAAGGCGGACUGGCUCUAGAAUCCAUGCUGUGCCACAUCGUGAAUUAACCAAGCUCUAAGGAAUAGUACGGUGGAUGCUUGUGAGAAACUUCCAGCAUACGAAAUGAAAAGAAAAACUGAUACAGUUCAUUGAUGUGGGCCUGGAAAUGUUACUGUAUACAUUAUCUGUACAUUUCACUUUCAUCAAGAGGAUUCAGCAUCAUAAGGAAGAGAGAGGCAAACAUGAAGGAAUUGGAAACAUUAAAAAAUGUCAAGUGGGGAGAAUACUGCUGAGGAACAGGAGAUCUGUUGGACAUCAAGAAAAAUUAGAACCAUCUUGUCAUAAGGGGAACCCACAGAACAUCAAGCUGGCUAGAGCCUCAAUGGGAGGUCCUGCAAGCCUUUGUCUGGAAGCAGAAUGUGCCUACGUACUCUUCAUAGUGGCCACAUUUUGGAUUACAGAAACUCUGCCCCUGUCGGUAACAGCUCUGCUGCCUGCUUUAAUGUUCCCCUUGUUUGGGAUCAUGUCUUCUAAGGCGGUGGCAUCCUCUUAUUUCAAAGAUUUUCAUCUACUGCUAAUUGGAGUCAUCUGUUUAGCAACAUCAAUAGAGAAAUGGAACUUGCACAAAAGGAUUGCUCUGAGGAUGGUGAUGAUGGUCGGUGUGAACCCAGCAUGGCUGACACUGGGGUUCAUGAGCAGUACCGCCUUCUUAUCCAUGUGGCUUAGCAACACCUCCACGACUGCCAUGGUGAUGCCCAUCGUGGAGGCAGUGGCCCAGCAGAUCAUCAGUGCUGAAGCGGAGGUCGAGGCCACGCAGAUGACCAAUUGCAGUGGAUCAACCAAUCUCGGACUGGAAAUGGAUGAAUGUGUCAGUGAACAUGAAACAAAUGAGAAGAAAGAGAAAGCAAAACCAGUUACAGGACACAGUAAUGAUGCAGGGAAAACUUCAAGCAAGCUGGAGUCGGGAAAGAAUGCAGUCACAGGAACCAAAUACCGAACAAAGAAGGACCACAUGAUGUGUAAACUUAUGUGUUUGUGCAUCACUUACUCUUCUACCAUUGGGGGGCUGACCACACUCACCGGUACCUCCACCAACUUGAUCUUCGCUGAGCAUUUCAAUAUGCGCUACCCUGAGUGUCGUUGCAUCAACUUUGGAUCAUGGUUUCUGCUUUCCUUCCCGGCGGCCAUUAUUAUUCUGCUCUUGUCCUGGGUCUGGCUCCAGUGGCUUUUCUUAGGAUUCAAUUUUAAGGAGAUGCUUAAAUGUGGCAAGACCAAAACAGUCAGAGAGAAAGCUUGUGCUGAGGUGAUUAAACAAGAAUACAAAAAGCUUGGGCCGAUAAGGUAUCAGGAAAUUGUGACCUUGAUCCUCUUUGUUGUCAUGGCCCUGCUAUGGUUUAGCCGAGAUCCUGGGUUUGUUUCUGGUUGGUCUGCGCUUUUUUCAGAGUAUCCUGGUUUUGCUACAGAUUCAACUGUUGCCUUACUUGUAGGACUCCUAUUCUUUCUUAUCCCAGCUAAGAAAUUGACUAAAACUACACCUACAGGAGAAAUUGUUGCUUUUGAUUACUCUCCACUGAUUACUUGGAAAGAGUUCCAGUCAUUCAUGCCCUGGGAUAUAGCCGUUCUGGUUGGUGGAGGGUUUGCCUUGGCAGAUGGCUGUGAGAAGUCAGGACUGUCUGAGUGGAUAGGAAAUAAAUUAUCUCCUCUAGGCUCAUUACCAGUAUGGCUCAUAAUUCUGAUAUCUUCUUUGCUCGUCACAUCUUUAACAGAGGUAGCCAGCAAUCCAGCUACCAUUACUCUCCUUCUCCCAAUAUUAUCUCCAUUGGCUGAAGCCAUUCAUGUGAACCCUCUAUAUAUUUUGAUACCUUCUACUCUGUGUACCUCAUUUGCAUUCCUCCUACCAGUAGCAAAUCCACCCAAUGCUAUUGUUUUUUCAUAUGGCCAUCUAAAUGUUAUGGACAUGGUUAAAGCUGGACUCGGCAUUAAUAUCGUGGGUGUUGCUGUGGUGAUGCUUGGCAUGUUCACCUGGAUUGUGCCCAUGUUUGACCUCCAUACUUACCCUUCUUGGGCUCCUACAGUUAACAAUGGGACCAUGCCAUGACAAGCCCGAAUGCUCUGACCAUCCUGUGGUGAGUUUUAGGAUCCAUUAAGAAUUCACUGCAAAACUUAGCUCUGAAAAACUGAUGACACAUUGACAUCAGUCCUGGUGUAGCUGCUACAGUUCCAGUGAACACCCAAAACCUGCUGUCAUAACUCAGAGCCCACAUUUCCUUUGAGAUACAACCAAAGAGCAUCUAAGUGCCUUCAUCAAGAAGCCCACGGUUGCAAUUUUCCUCAUGGACCACAUACAUCCUGCUUCAUCAUAAGAAUAAUUUAUAACUUGACCUUUAAAGACAUUAGGUCAUUUGCUUCAUCUUAGAGUUUGGGUUCAGUGUAACAUUUCAAAUGUCAAUUUAUUAUCUGGGACACUUCCCAUGAAGCUAUAAAUAGAAAAUAAAAUAUACACGUUAAUUAGGUACUUGGAUAAAUCAUUUCUGUAGUGUUGUUCAAGGGAAUUUUCUGGAAAACCAAAGCUGUGGUCAUUGGGUGGUGUAAAACCAAAGUUUAAAUGAAUGUAAAUCUAGUAAACAACAGAAAACUCAUAGAUUAGGACUAAUUUCUGCUUGACCCUAUGGUUAGAGUAAUAUAAUUCAUACUUUUAUGCUUCCAGUGCACUGAGAAAUAUAUUUUAAAGGGCUAUGGAUAAAGCUUGCUAUGAUUUGCACCAUUACCACAUUAUACUUAGAAAAGAAAGCUAAACACUGUAAAACUAUUAACAUAUUUAUGUAGAUGUAUAAUGAUUUUGCUUGUGUUUAUCUUAUUUUAGAAAUACUCAAUGUCAUAUAUGAAAAGAGGAGAUUCAGAAAUGUAAAUGAAUUAUCACUGUGUAUACAGACAUAGAAAAAAGCCACAUAACUCCAUUAUAUCAGCAUUGAAAUGUAAUACCAGAGGGAAAACAAAGAAUGAAAAAUUGAAACUAUUUACAAAGAGAACCAUAAAUUAUUUAUGGGCAAACCAAAAUGAAAAAAUAACUGAACAGUCAAACAAAAGUAGGAAGAGAAUAGUCGUCUAGCACUCAGGAUGUGAAAGAGUAGUCUAUUGGCAUUCUAAAAUUAGACUAAAGGGGUAAAAAUAACAACAACAAAAAUGUGUACACUUAGGAAAGAUAGAAAAUUUAAAACAGCAAUUCUCAUGCUAAAAAUAAAAUGAAAGACAAGGUUAAAAAACACCUUUACUAUUUUUAAUUUGCAUAAAAGUCAUCAGAUCUGAUUUGGUAUUUUUGUAAAUGACAUUAUUUAUAAAGUUAUCCUUAAAAAUUACGUAUAGUAAAGAUGAAUUUUUUUAAAGGAAUACAUUUUUAAAGAAAUUAUAUACGAUAGAUUGCCCAUGUUCAUCGUCUGUUUAUUAAUUAGUCAAUGCAAAAUUAAUCAUUUCUUUCAGGAAAACAUUUGUCCAUUUAAACCUUAAAAUGUAAUAUUGUGUCUUUGUGUAUGUCUUCUAUGUUCACUCUAUUCACCUGUUCCCUUCCCUAUCGUAUGUUGUACAUUUAUUUAUGAUCCAUAGUAUUUAUUACAUUGCUGUUUUUUUCUAGUCAUUCAACUUAUCACUGCUGAAUUAUAUUACAUGAUGAAUACAUUACAUUUUCAU